CACGUGCACUGCUGGUCCCAUGCGUGUGCAGCCAUGGCGAAUGGGGCUGUACAUAACACGCUGGAGAAAUGUUUACAGAUUUUAAACAGCAAUACAGCGCAGCCUGAGUUGUUUCUAAAUGUACAGGAUGGCUUGGCUGCAGACUUCACAUCCCUCACAAAGACCCUGUAUGAUCUGCACAAAGCCCAUGAACCGAAAGGGUGGAUGGGGAGUCCGCUGGACCAGCUGGUGGUGGAGAACUUUGACGAGGAGCAGAUCUGGCAGGAACUCGAGCUUCAGAACACGGCUGUGCUCGCUCACUUUGAGGACUCAGUAAGCAAGGCGGUCACAGAUGAUACGCUGACUCUUUUAGAAGAAUCCGAGGAAGAAGAAGAGGAGGAGGAUGAUGGUGUAGGUGAGCAGGAUCAGGAGGAUGAUGAUGAGGAGGAGGAGGAAGAUGAGGAGGAGGAGGAGGAGGAGGAGGAAGAUGAGGAGGAGGAGGAAGACAAAAGAAAAAACCGGUUUAAACCCAAAUCAUCUGCGUCCGAUGACGAGGAGGAGCUUUACGAUGAGGACUCGGAUAUCGACUUUGACGUUGAUAAAUUUGAAAAACAAUCCAAGCAAAAAAAGAAACCAGAAACCAAGAUACCUACAUCUAGGACUGUGUCAGUAGUGGACGAUCAGUUUUUUAAACUGUCAGAAAUGGAGGCUUUUCUGGAUGAUAUGGACAAGAGGGAAGGGAAGGAACCUGCUGGUGAGGAAAUUGACUACUUUCAGGACCUGCCCUCAGAUGAGGAGGAUGAACUGGUAUUUGAUAAACCUGCUGCAUCGAAGAGUAAGGAAAAGUCGACAAGUUCCAGAGAUGUGAAAUACAAAGAUUAUUUUGUGGAUGAAGAUCCUGCUCAACACGAGUCAGAUGAAGAAGCUGAGUCAGCACCUGACCAUGAGGAAGACGAAGAGGACAUGGACGCAGAGGAUUUUGAGGAGUAUGUGUAUAUAUUUGAGGUUGUUUAUUUUUUCCAUGAAGAUAUUGUACUGCUUUUGGUGCUUACGAUGGCUGAUUCUUUUGCACUGUGUAGAGAUGACUCUGAGAGCCGGAAAGCCAGAGACACUUUGCGCAAGGUGACCUUUGACCUCCCCAGUGAAAGCGAAGGAGAGGAUGUGGAGGACAUUCUGGGUGGGAAGUCUAAAAAUGUAACGAGAGAUACCAAGUCAGUGUUUGAGAAAAGACAAGAAAAGAUGGCAGAGAAGAUCGCUGAGCUGGAGAAAGCAGCGUUAGCUGAGAAGCCGUGGCAGCUGACCGGAGAGGUAACGGCACAGACUCGGCCAGAGAACAGCAUGCUAGAGGAGGAUGUGGAUUUUGAUCAAGCAUCCAGGAUGGCGCCUGCGGUCACGGAGGAGACGACGCUGCAGCUCGAAGAGAUCAUCAAGCAGAGAAUAAAAGACCAGGCCUGGGAUGAUGUCGUGAGGAAGGAGAAGCCAAAGGAGGAGGUAUUCGAGUAUAAGAAAAGGCUGACACUGGACCACGAAAAGAGCAAGCUGAGUCUGGCUGAAGUUUACGAGCAGGAGUACAUCAAGCAGAACCAGGAAAAGACCGAGGAAGAGGAGAAUCCAGCUCAUGUAGAAAUUCAAAAGCUUAUGGACUCACUCUUCCUCAAACUGGAUGCACUUUCCAACUUCCACUUCAUGCCAAAACCGCAUAUUCCUGAGGUGAAGGUAGUGUCCAAUCUGCCUUCAAUCACGAUGGAGGAAGUGGCUCCAGUCAGCGUCAGCAACACCACUCUUUUGGCUCCUGAGGAAGUCAAGGAGAAGAACAAGGCUGGAGAUGUUCUCGGUGACUCCGAGAAAACGGCCACCGAUAAGAAACGGGAGAGACGCAGGAAGAAGGUGGUGAAGCGGUUGAAGAUCCAGGAGCGUGAGAAGAGGAAGAAGCUUAAAGAAGCUGCGAGUGAAGGAAAGAUCACGAAAAAGUCAAAGGCCCAAGUGGAAGAGACUCUCAAAAAACUCGCUAAAGGAGGGAAAGCCAAAGUACUCACGGACGAUGGGAUGGACAAAGCGCUGCGCUCAUCUCAAGCCUUCUUCUCCCAACUUCAAGACCAAGUCAGGAGUCAAGUCAAGGGCUCAAAGGAUCAGGCUGCCAAAAAGAAGAAACAGAAAGUGGUUUCUGCCAGCAAGCUGAAGUUAUAAAGUUCUAAUUGUGUCGUGUAUCAUGUACAGUUUCUCUUUAUAAGAUGAGAAUGAAUCGAGCCCAGAUCUCCACAUGAUCUGGUCAUUUAUAUUAAAAUGGUUUUUGUCAUA